AUGGGAACGACUUUCAAAACCGCCAAAGAAUCGCUCAACAUUACCAACAAAGGUACUACUAGCUUUCAUCAACGUUCUACUGAGUUUGUUUCAGUGUGCAUUACAAGUCUACUUUAAAAUGGUUCUUCGUGCCUCAUUUUUUGGUUCUAGUUUUCAUGUGGCUCAAGGUGAGAUCUCACGUGAGAUGAUUCUUUCAUUAUCUCUGGGAACUCGAUUGCAAUCUAAUUAGAAAACUUUGCAAUCUAAUACGAACUCGUUUGAAAUAGAAUCUGCUUCAAUUAGAUUGCAAAAACUUCUAAUUAGAUUACAAUCACUGCAAUGUUUUCUAAUUAGAUUGCAACCGCUUCUAAUUAGAUUGCAAUCGAGUUCCCAGAGCUAGUAGAACGGCGUGACCCUGUGGCCGGGGUCGCGGGGUCGCGGACUAGAAACCUCCGCGAGACCCCAAAGAGAAAUCACCGUUCCCGUCUUUUCGUUUGAACGUCGAGCUCUGUUUCUGUACGAUGGAGCGCGCUUGCUUCAUUUCACUACGAAUCACAUCAGUACUGCAGUACAUUGCAGCUGCAGUUGUGCAUUACAAAACAUUUAUUGAUGAAUAAUCCAGUAACCCUAUAUUUUAAUCAUUUCUAAAAUUGCUGAAUUCAAGUAUUGCUCCGCACCUUUGAAGCAGGUACGAAUCAGAUAAAACCCCAAUCAAUAUAUAUAAUGUCUGAACAUUUCUGGUUUCAUGAAAAUUUUUCCACAAAGUUACACGGAUUUUCUAAAAAAGAGUUUACUGAAGACGUGUACAUCGACGUAUCUACGUACUCAAGCCUAAUUUCAGAAAUUUUGGCUUGAGUCUGCAAACACCGAGGGGCAAUAGGGAUAAAUUGAGUUUAAGAUUUCUACUUAUUACAAAUUUGCUACAUGUAUAUAUAGUGUAAAAAUUCUAGAAACGGUUUGACUAGAUGUGUCUGCAGACAAUACUUCUCAAUUGAUUAAAUCUAGAAUAAAGGAUUUUAAAGAAUUCUAGACAACCAAAGGAUUUCCAUUACUCAAGCGACCUCACGGAUUACGGUAGACAAAAAGAUGUACGGAAAGAUGGUGAACAAGCUCUUCGUGGAAGGACUUAAGAAUAGUGACCGAGCGGAACCAAAAGAUGCUCUGCGUGCCGUCCUUCUUAUCCUUCUUUUUGCUUUCACAUUUGGAGCAGGAAUGGUAUGUAUUUGAAAAAUCGAAUAAAAAGUCCCUUGUUAGGCCGUGAUUUUGCAUUGAGAAUUUUUUUUUAAAUUUCAGCUGGCUACUUUUCUUCAAGGAGAAUGGGCAAACAGUCACAUUUUAUCAUUCUUCUCUUGUAUUGGCGGCGGAGUUUUCCUUGGUGCAUGUCUUCUCGAUCUUUUACCAGGUGCCUUUGUCAGCCUAGCAUAAAAUGAAAACGUUUUCAGACUCAAUUGAAACAUUUGAAAACGCAAAAAUUACUACGAGUUUCCCUAUUCCAUUUUUCUGUUUUGCCCUCGGCUUUCUACUAGUUUUGAGCGUGGAUCAACUCGUAAAGACUAUUAGAGAUAGAAGCAGUUUCGGCGCAAUCGGAUAUCACGUGCACAGCCAUGGCGAAGUGAACACAACAGGAGAAAAUUCGGAACAUCACGAAGAAGACAGUGGACAAUCUGGGUUCCGAGUUUCCAUGUUAGUGUGUGCACUUUCAAUUCAUGCUCUCUUCGAAGGACUUUCACUUGCAGUCACAACUGAUCCAUCACAACUGCUCCAGGUUUGUCUUUUUACCGCAACCACGAUUUUGACCCUUCAAAUCUAACAGAUCUUCGGAGCACUGGCUAUUCAUAAAUGCAUAAUGGGUUUCUGCCUUGGUGUUCGACUAAUUCAGUCCAGACUGUCAGUUCCGUGGAUCGCAUUCUCUAUGUUCCUGUUCAGUGUGCAGGUGCUUAUCGGUGGAAUAACUGGAAUAGGACUGAUGCGAUUCAUCAGUCGUGGUGAUGAAACGUUAGCUGCCGCCGUUUCUUCUGUGUUGCAAGCCAUUGCCUGCGGAACUUUCCUCUAUAUAACCACGUUCGAAGUAAUUCCGCACGAGUUGCACGGUGGCAAGUACAGAAUUCUAAAAAUGAUUUUUAUCUGUGCCGGGUUCGGCUUAGUUGUUGCGUUCAUACUCGUCUUCCCCGAUGCCAUUUGA